GCCACCAGCCGGAAGUGCUUGUGAUGCGGGCAAAGGGGCUUCCGGUGCGCCUGCGAGAGCUCGAGGGGCUCGCGAUGGCGGCCUCCUUGGUCGGGAAGAAGAUCGUUUUUGUCACGGGGAACGCCAAGAAGCUGGAGGAGGUCGUUCAAAUUCUAGGAGAUAAGUUCCCAUGUACUUUGGUGGCACAGAAAAUUGACCUGCCGGAAUACCAGGGGGAGCCUGAGGAGAUUUCUAUACAGAAGUGUAAGGAAGCUGCUCGCCAGGUGCAGGGGCCAGUGCUGGUGGAGGAUACCUGUCUGUGCUUCAAUGCCCUGGGGGGCCUUCCAGGCCCCUACAUAAAAUGGUUUCUGGAGAAGUUAAAACCUGAAGGUCUCCAUCAGCUUCUGGCAGGGUUCGAGGACAAGUCAGCCUAUGCCCUCUGCACUUUUGCACUCAGUACAGGGGACCCCAGCCAACCUGUCCAUCUGUUCAGGGGCCGGACCACGGGCCGGAUCGUGGUACCCCGAGGCAGCCGAGACUUUGGCUGGGACCCGUGUUUCCAGCCCGAUGGAUAUGAGCAGACGUACGCAGAGAUGCCAAAGGCUGAGAAGAACACUAUUUCCCACCGCUUCCGCGCCCUGCAUGAGCUUCAAGAAUACUUCUGCAGCCUGGCUCCUGGGGCCAGCAGUGACCUAUCUGGCCAGGGAUGUGGGGAGGGCUAGUUUGAACACCAUAGCCCCAUACCACCACCACCACCACCACCACCACCAUCACCACCACCACCACCACCAUCACCACCACCACCACCACCACCACGCAGACAAGCUUCCGAAGACUUCAGGGUUACCACUUCCUGGGGGUGUUGAGACAGCCUCACCAGCCAUGUCUGGAGAUGCAGCUGGCUCUGCUCAGAGGGCUUUUGGGCUAGAGCCACCCUUCUCUUGCCCUCAGGGAUUCCAUGUUCUACAUCUUCCAGGCUUAUGAUCCUCAAAGGACCUUUGGUGUUAAACUGGACUUGGCUGGAUUAAGGGUUUGGUGAAGAACUACACAAACCUUCAGAUUUUUUUUUUUUUAAAGCACCAACUAAAAAUUUUGAAAGCACUUGCUUCCAAAAUAAACUUGAUGUAUCUGUUUUGAAA